GACCGGACCGGAAGUGACGUGAGCGAGUUCCGGUUGGCCGGAGCCCAGCGGCGGGUGUGAGAGUCGGUAAGGAGCAGCUUCCAGGAUCCUGAGAUCCGGAGAAGCCGGGGUCGGAGCGGAGAAGCAUGGGUAGUGGCUCAUGCCUGGAAUCCCACCACUUUGGGAAGCUGGGGCAGGAGGAUCGCUUCAGGCCAGGAGUUCGAGACCAGCCUGGGCAACAUAACUAAAUGAAUGAAUGAAUAAAUGAGCUCCUCAAGAGUUACUGAUCUAUGAAAUGGCAGAGAAUGGAAAAAAUUGUGACCAGAGACGUGUAGCAAUGAACAAGGAACAACAUAAUGGAAAUUUCACAGACCCCUCUUCAGUGAAUGAAAAGAAGAGGAGGGAGCGGGAAGAAAGGCAGAAUAUUGUCCUGUGGAGACAGCCGCUCAUUACCUUGCAGUAUUUUUCUCUGGAAAUCCUUGUAAUCUUGAAGGAAUGGACCUCAAAAUUAUGGCAUCGUCAAAGCAUUGUGGUGUCUUUUUUACUGCUGCUUGCUGUGCUUAUAGCUACGUAUUAUGUUGAAGGAGCACAUCAACAGUAUGUGCAACGUAUAGAGAAACAGUUUCUUUUGUAUGCCUACUGGAUAGGCUUAGGAAUUUUGUCUUCUGUUGGGCUUGGAACAGGGCUGCACACCUUUCUGCUUUAUCUGGGUCCACAUAUAGCCUCAGUUACAUUAGCUGCUUAUGAAUGCAAUUCAGUUAAUUUUCCUGAACCACCCUAUCCUGAUCAGAUUAUUUGUCCAGAUGAAGGGGGCACCGAAGGAACCAUUUCUUUGUGGAGUAUCAUCUCAAAAGUUAGGAUUGAAGCCUGCAUGUGGGGUAUCGGUACAGCAAUCGGAGAGCUGCCUCCGUAUUUCAUGGCCAGAGCAGCUCGCCUCUCAGGUGCUGAACCAGAUGAUGAAGAGUAUCAGGAAUUUGAAGAGAUGCUGGAACAUGCAGAGUCUGCACAAGACUUUGCCUCCCGGGCCAAACUGGCAGUUCAAAAACUAGUACAGAAAGUUGGAUUUUUUGGAAUUUUGGCCUGUGCUUCGAUUCCAAAUCCUUUAUUUGAUCUGGCUGGAAUAACAUGUGGACACUUUCUGGUACCUUUUUGGACCUUCUUUGGUGCAACCCUAAUUGGAAAAGCAAUAAUAAAAAUGCAUAUCCAGAAAAUUUUUGUUAUAAUAACAUUCAGCAAGCACAUAGUGGAGCAAAUGGUGGCUUUCAUUGGUGCUGUCCCCGGCAUAGGUCCAUCUCUGCAGAAGCCAUUUCAGGAGUACCUGGAGGCUCAACGGCAGAAGCUUCACCACAAAAGCGAAAUGGGCACACCACAGGGAGAAAACUGGUUGUCCUGGAUGUUUGAAAAGUUGGUCGUUGUCAUGGUGUGUUACUUCAUCCUAUCUAUCAUUAACUCCAUGGCACAAAGUUAUGCCAAACGAAUCCAGCAGCGGUUGAACUCAGAGGAGAAAACUAAAUAAGUAGAGAAAGUUUUAAACUGCAGAAAUUGGAGUGGAUGGGUUCUGCCUUAAAUUGGGAGGACUCCAAGCCAGGAAGGAAAAUUCCCUUUUCCAACCUGUAUCAAUUUUUACAACGUUUUUCCUGAAAGCAGUUUAGUCCAUACUUUGCACUGACAUACUUUUUCCUUCUGUGCUAAGGUAAGGUGUCCACCCUCGAUCCAAUCCACCUUGUGUUUUCUUAGGGUGGAAUGUGAUGUUCAGCAGCAAACUUGCAAUAGGCUGGCCUUCUGUUUGUUACUUUCAAAAGGCCCACAUGAUACAAUUAGAGAAUUCCCACCACACAGAAAAAGUUCCUAAGUAUGUUAAAUAUGUCAAGCUUUUUAGGCUUGUCACAAAUGAUUGCUUUGUUUUCCUAAGUCAUCAAAAUGUAUAUAAAUUAUCUAGAUUGGAUAACAGUCUUGCAUGUUUAUCAUGUUACAAUUUAAUAUUCCAUCCUGCCCGACCCUUCCUCUCCCACCCUCAAAAAAGGGCCAUUUUAUGAUGCAUUGCACACCCUCUGGGGAAAUUGAUCUUUAAAUUUUGAGACAGUAUAAGGAAAAUCUGGUUGGUGUCUUACAAGUGAGCUGACACCAUUUUUUAUUCUGUGUAUUUAGAAUGAAGUCUUGAAAAAAACUUUAUAAAGACAUCUUUAAUCAUUCCAAAAUUGUGUCCAUUUUCUUGAGCGUUUUGAUUUUUUACUUUUAGCUUAUACCAGCUGAAUGGCUGCCUUGCCUAAUCCACCUACAACAAGAAUUUCUUAAGCCUUCUUUUAUUUGCAUGAGAGAGCCACUACCAAGGCAUGUUUUGUUAUGCUGAAGCUGGGCUGCUGCAUACUGCUAAAUGGCACCUCUGGGAUUGGCCUACCUGGGGAUUUCUUGGUUUGUGAAAACAGGAGAGGAGAGAUAUCUCAUACAAGUGAAAGGAUACUGGAGAGAGAAAUUACCCAUUUCUAAAAAAAAACCACAUUCUGUCAUAUCUGUGUUAAUGUUUUCUAGCGUGUACUCUGGUUUCAACAGACACAAAUUUAUAUGUAACCCAGUUUUCUCGCCUUUCUGUAAGUGUUUUAUUCUUAAUGUGAUUUUUUUCCAUUGGGAUGUUUUUGAUUGAACUUGUUCAUUUUGUUUUGCUUGGGAGGAAAAUAAACAAUUUUACUUUUUUCCUUUA